CCCCAGGGCGGCCGGACCCGCCGGUUUGGCGAAAAAAACAGCGAGUUUGGGCAAAAAACAGCGGGACUGUCCGAAACCAGGCUGGGGACAACGGGGCUGGGGGAAAAACACGGCGCGGGUUUCACGGAAAAGCUGCGGAUCUCGGGGAAAAAGAGUCCGGCGAGUUGCCGGCAGGGCCGGCGGUGCCGGGCGGGAGCGGCCGAGGGAGCCGGGGAUCCGUGAGGGGAGCGGGGGCACGGACAGCCCUCCCGGCUCGAGAGAGGCGCUUCCGAGGGAAAACAAACUCAAGUGGCGAACGGCGUCGGUGGGAGCUCCCUGCUGGACUGGCAUUCCUGGGCCAUGGCUGUGCGGCGCUGGAGGGGGGUCCCCUUUGGGAAUCUCUCGGAAUGUCCCAACGGCUCCCGCUGGAUCCUCGAGGUGUUCCACGAGUGUGCCCAGGACGGCCGGGACGUCUUCAGCGUUAUCCUGGGGCUGGUCUCCAUCCUCUGCUUCGCAGCCGCCUCCUUCCCGCAGUUUUACCAAGCCUGCAAAACAGGCAUCAUGGACCGGGCUCUCUCCAUAUAUUUCCUGCUGGGAUGGCUGGGAGGAGACCUCCUGAACCUCAUCGGCUCCUUCCUGGCUGAUCAGCUGCCCCUGCAGGUUUACACGGCUGUUUAUUACGUGCUGGCCGACCUGGUGAUGCUUUCGCUCUACUGCUACUACAGAGUGAAGAACAGGGGGGCAAGAUUCACUGCCCCAAUCAAUGCAGCCUUUGUGUUCCUCUCCAUGGGUACAGUGUCAGCCCUCUCCCUCCUGGGCAGCGGCACCUCCACAGAGGGCACAGGGACCUUUCCAGGGAGGUCUCUGCUGUCGGUUCACACGGAUGAUCCUGGAUCAAAGCCUUUCACCAGGAGUGAGAUCAUUGGAUUCACCGUGGGUUCUGUGUCCUCCGUGCUGUACCUGUGCUCCCGAGUGCCCCAGAUCUACACCAACUACAAGAGGAAAUCCACCACUGGGAUCUCCUACUCCCUCUUUGCCCUGGUGAUGUUGGGGAACUCCCUCUACGGCCUCAGUGUCCUCCUGAAGAACCCUGAGCCAGGCCAGGGUGAAGGUGACUAUGUCCUGCACCACCUGCCCUGGCUGGUGGGCAGCCUGGGGGUCCUUUCUCUUGACGUGGUUAUCUCCUUCCAGUUCCUCACCUAUCGGAAAGGAAGAGCCAGUGCCCACGAGGAGAGGGAUGCUCUUCUUGGGGAGCAGAGUGACAGCCUGGAGAGCUGACCAGGGGACCUGCCUGGAGCGAGAGGAGGAGACGCAGAUGUGGAAAGUCCUUGAACACCGGGCAAACCAGCCCCUCCAUCCUGGUGGCUCUUGGGAGAAGAGGACCUGAGUCAGUGGGUGACACAUUGUGGUGCUACAACAGUGGCAGAGGAUGCUGCUCUUUGAACUUGUGCCUCUUUGAUAUCAAUGAUGCUGUUGGGAUAAAAGGGAAUUCUUUGAUACCUCAGUUACUCUUUGCUGCUCUGAUGCCCCCCAGCUCAGCCUGGUCGUUGCUGUCUCAAGGGAGAUCUGGAGCUUCCUUGGUGCUGGCAGACAUGGGAAGGGACAGGGAUGAGCGACCUGCCACAGACACAGCAGCACCGUGGGCCUCAUAACUGCACUCUGAGCUCCUUCUGCAAGACCACAGUGCCUGGAUCCAGUGGGGAAGGAGCAGCACAACAAAGUGUUCAUUCCUUGCACACCCAUUUUAAUUAGCACGUCCUUCCCCACGUGCCUCCUUUGCUUUCAUUUUGCCAGUUUACCUGGCAGCUCCUGCCUCUUUCUUCAUGACUUUCACAGUCCCAGUUCUGACUUCUCAUUUUUUUGCCUCACCCAUGUUUUAAUCACAUGGAUUCCUUGGGGAAGUUGCUCUCUCUGUUACCCAGCAGAGCUGCCUCUGCUUUCUCUGCUUUUCAGUCCUGCCCUCUCAUUGAUGAAUUUAUCCCCAUCUUGAUGAGUUUAUUCCCAACAAUGAUGAAUUCAUCCCCCUCUUGGGGCCCUGCACACCAGUGCAGUGGCUCCCUGACCCCAGAGGGACUGGAAGCAGGGGUGGUUUGGGAAGAGUGCCGAGGUGGAGCCACCCGAUGGAUCAGCUCAGCACUCCAGGCUCCCUCCCGUGUGCUGAGCUGGGGGUGAGCAGCUCAGUCUCACCAGGAAAGUAAGAGGAAAACCAAAUAAAGCUUGAAAGCUCUUAAGGAAAAACUAACACAGCUUGUCCUUGAGAGAAGAGCUUUCCUUUUCCUGAAAUCACUAUCAGCUCUUCUUUUUGCUUCCCUUUUCCCUCUGACACCCAGUGUUGUACUCUAUUAUUAACUCCUGAUUCCUCUGCCGGUCCAUGACAUUUGUCCUUCCCCAGGAAGUUUGCCCUCCUCUCUGCUUUGUCCUCACACUGAGGACUCAAAGCCACAGCUCAGCCUGGAAACAGGAGUCAAACUGCUCAGUGCCCAUCAAGCUGCACCAGCAGGUCAAUUAAAACACAAGCUGGGCCAGUGUUUGGGGCUGACCCAUUCAUUUUCAGGAAGAAAAAGUAUUUUUCAGUCUCUUUGAGCCCUUUGAAACAAAGGAGUGGGUUUUCACUGCAUGAUUCUGCCCCUCCAGGUUCUCAGGUGAAGGGGCUGCUCAGCUCGUCCCCAGGAGCUGUAGACAAGCAAUUCCUAUCAAGUGCUAAUCCAAACCAUGAGCAAAUCCUUAAUCUCUGCCAUUAAUAACUGCCACAUCCUGGCUAACCAAGGGCUUUUCUUAAAGCUGGACAAAGAACCUCCAUCAUAGGGAGGAAAAAUUAUAAAAUAUAGUUUGUCCCCACAGGUGGAUCCAAAGCACAAGUGGAUUUACUUGGGCUGCAGAGGUUGGGCAGCGUGAGCAGCUGUUUGGCAGAGGGAGGUUCCACACCUGCUGCCAUCCCAGAGGUGGGGGGUACAAAUUCCUGCCACUGAGAUGCUCCCUGAGGUUUCCAUCCCUCCAGGUCACUGCUGCAGCCCUGCUCCUGCAGCUUAGGAUUUUGCACAUGUUAAACCAGAAAAGGCAGAGCAGAAACAAAUAUCCCAGAGUGAGAAGGUAAAUGAAAACCCAACACACAUCUUCCCCCUCCUGGGCUCAAGACUUCACACAAACUUAUCUCCAGUUUCAACAAAGGUUUUUCCUUGGACAGAACCAAGAGAAAAAGACCAAAUCUCACUGUGUUUCCCUGGGGGAUCCCAGCUGUGAGGCAGACACGUGUCCCAGCCUGUGUCCCACAGGAGCUCCAGUCUGGACCACAAGCCCUAGGCAAACACUGAUCACCUGCAGGGGCUGGGGGUGGAACAGGUCAUGGCAGCCAAAAUGAGAGCACAGUAAUCAGUGUCAAUGCCAACAGUGUCCAUUUGCAGGGGUUCACCCAAAGGGUCAUUUCAAAGGCCAUGGACAGGAGGAGCCCAUCAGGUAUUUAUUUCCUUUCCCAGUUUGCCCAGGAUUAGGUUUGGAGCAGUGAAACCAGAGCUGGGCAAGGUCCCUCUGCCCACCACGAGGUUCAAGAGGAGACUCAGGGUGAGGUUCACAGACACAAGGACCGAGCACAGGAGUUUUUGGGUCAGCACGGAUGGGUGGAACCAUCUACCCCAGUGUGUCCAACGCUGCUCCUCUGCCACCCCCCUGCUGGGCACAGCGACCCCCCAGGCUGUGUUUAACACACCCAGUAAAGCUGGACCAAUCCCCCUUCCCUAAAUGCACCUGUUCCACAUUGCUGCAUGCCUGCAGCAUCAAUCCCAGCAUCCUGGAGGGGCAGCAGGCCCUCGAAAAGCAGUGGGACAUCACCCCCUCUUCAAAACAAACGUGUUCUAGCUCAUCUGGAUAUGAGACAAAAAACAAAUAACCCUGCAAGGAAAGCAACAGAAACAAAGACACCAACCACACACACACAUCUUCCUGGGAUUUUUUUUAUUUUUAUUGUUUUAGUCUUUUUUUUUCUUUUUUUUUUUUUCAUUUUUUAGUAUGGAGGCUCAAGUAUCAGAUGUAGAUUCAAUUUAAGCUUUACAAAAAAAACCAAAAAAUCAAAACAAAAACCCCUUUUGCAUUCCAUAAAAAUUGACAGAAAAGCGCCUUGGAACCAGAAAAGAAAGAAGAAAUUUUCAGCAGGUCUCCAAAUCACCAUCUCCUGCACAUCUGGGUGAGUCAGCAUCGUACAAUCCCAAGGAACACCCUCUCUUCCCUCCCUCCCACCAGCCAGCCCUUGUGCCCAGCCCCCAAACAUACAUGGAAUAGAUUAUUUUUCUCCUUUUUUUUUUUUUUUUUCCAGUUCUUCCUCUUUCACACACCACAGUAUUUAAUAAAUUUUUGUUUUACAUUUUUUACACCAAUGUAACAAAAGGCAGGAGGGGGGUGAGGGAGGAAAAGACAAACAAUGAUCCGUGGUGAUGCAUAUAAAUGGGGGAGGGCGGGAGACGGGCGGGGGAGAAAAAAUAAUACAUGGACUUCUACAGAAACAUAGCCUAAGGUCUUGAUAGUAAAAUGUGGUGCAAAGUAGGCCUCAGAGACUGAAAAAGUUUGUACAGCUUUAUUCAUGGGGAGAAGAUGGCGCUGCAUGGAGAGUAUUGGAUGCAGAUCGUGACGUGACGGAACAGAAAAGGGCAGGGGAUGAGUUCUCUACCAAAGGAAUCUAACGAGUGCAUGGCAUGUCUGGUUAGCACGGACAGGAUUUUAACUUUGCUGCUUUCUCUUCAAAGCCUCCACCAGGUCGUUUUUAAGAGCUUCUUGUUUUGAUUUGUCUGCAAAAGUCUGCACAGACCUGCGAGGAAGAAGGAAAGGCGGGUCAGAGGUGCCAGAGGGAGGGAGGGGUUGGGGCCAGUCCUGGCAUGGGAGGCAAGAGGGAGGAGAAGCCCCUCAGCCCAGACCCAGAGGAACACCCAGCUCUGCCUGCUGGACCACAGGAAGCAGAAGGCAAUGGACACCUGGGUGAGGACAUGAAAGCAAAACUCACUCCAGCAAGGAUGGCACCAAAGGCUUCCCCGGCAGCUCCAGCUGCUGGAGGGAGAUUUCCAACAUUUUAUGUUACGGAAGAACCCCAGCAUCCCACCAGCAAAGGGGGUUAGUGCUCCUGCUCUCCAAAAGUCCAGAGAAAAUUCAGCCUCCACCCAAGAAGGGCAAGGCAGGGGAGCCCCCGCCCCUCCUGCAGACUGUUCACCCAGGGUCCAGCAGCGGCCUCACAACUCCCCUCGGUGUUUGCACUGGUGGGAAAAGCAGCCAGAGGUUCUUGGCUCAAAUUUGCCUUCUUUUGUACCUUCCCUAAGUAAUGAGUGAUCAAAGCAGCUGAAGAAGAACAGAGAUACUGUCACAGGAUUAUUGCAGAGGUUCCCUUUGGAUACAAGUACAGAGGAAAAGCUCCAUCUUCCAGGAGUCCUUGGAUCAGUGCCCUGGGAGAUGGCUGUAAGGAACCUGUGACUCCAAUGGCACAGUAAGAAAUUUCCACUUUUAAAAAAGACCCUCUUAAAUGUGAUCAUGGAUAGAAUGAGAAGACCAGACUUUUCCAGAGUUGCUACCAUGGAGAAGUGGUAGGACCCAGUUUGGUAAGAUAUUUCCUCACCCAAACCAUAUUUCACAGCCCUUUCAGUACUCGGUACCUGGGACAGUGGAAGGUGUCCCUGCCCAUGGCAAGGGGAUGGAACUGGAUGAGCUUUAAGGGCCCUUCCAACCCAAACCAGUCUGUGAUUGUAUGAUUCAAAGCCUUAUUUUCCCUGGAUGCUGUCUCCUGUAAACAAGACUCUUCUUUAUGGUGGAUAUUUUCCUACCAUUUUUAUAACAGUAUUUCCAUUCUCUUGUCUCUGGACACUUCUGCUGCUUUAAUAAAAACAUAUGCAUUUGAUAUUUG